GCCGGCUGCGCUGUGACGCGGGCAUGAGCCUGGCGCGUCGUCCCGCCGAGCAAGCGUCCCCGCCCGGCCCGCGGCGCCCAGCAGGCGCCGGCCAAAGGAGCUGCUAGAACAAUGCUGAGGCGGGAGAGGUGAGGCGCGCCGGCGAGGCAGCCCCGGCAGGGGAGUAUCUGGAACAGGUGAUCGGCGGAGCUGGAGCCAGAAACCGAGGCCACCUGGCCACCCCUCCCCUCCCCUCAGCCAGGCCGGCGGCACCCGAGGUGGGGAAACCAUGGCGACCAAUUUCAACGACAUAGUCAAACAGGGCUACGUGAAGAUGAAGAGCAGGAAGCUCGGGAUCUACCGGAGGUGCUGGCUGGUCUUCCGGAAGUCUUCCAGCAAAGGGCCCCAACGGUUAGAGAAGUAUCCAGACGAGAAGUCCGUGUGCCUCCGAGGCUGCCCCAAGGUGACCGAGAUCAGCAAUGUCAAGUGCGUCACACGGCUCCCCAAGGAGACAAAGAGGCAGGCGGUGGCCAUCAUAUUCACAGAUGACUCUGCCAGGACAUUCACCUGCGACUCAGAGCUGGAGGCGGAGGAGUGGUACAAGACCCUGUCCGUGGAGUGCCUGGGGUCGCGGCUCAACGACAUCAGUCUGGGAGAACCGGACCUCCUGGCCCCAGGGGUGCAGUGUGAGCAGACAGAUCGCUUCAACGUCUUCCUGUUACCCUGCCCCAACCUGGACGUGUAUGGCGAGUGUAAGCUGCAGAUCACCCACGAGAACAUCUACCUCUGGGACAUACACAACCCCCGCGUGAAGCUCGUCUCGUGGCCUCUCUGCUCGUUGCGCCGCUAUGGCCGGGACGCCACCCGCUUCACCUUCGAGGCUGGCCGGAUGUGUGACGCCGGGGAAGGGCUCUACACCUUCCAGACGCAGGAGGGGGAGCAGAUCUACCAGCGGGUCCACAGUGCCACCCUGGCGAUCGCCGAGCAGCACAAGCGGGUCCUGCUGGAGAUGGAGAAGAACGUGAGGCUGCUGAACAAGGGCACGGAGCACUACUCAUACCCCUGCACACCCACCACCAUGCUGCCCCGCAGUGCCUACUGGCACCACAUCACGGGUUCCCAGAACAUCGCCGAGGCCUCCAGCUAUGCCGGUGAGGGCUAUGGGGCCGCCCAGGCCAGCUCAGAGACGGACCUCCUCAACAGAUUCAUCCUGCUGAAGCCAAAGCCCAGGCAGGGGGACAGCGGCGAGGCCAAGACCCCAUCCCUGUGACGGCAGGGCUGGCACACAGUGACUGCUGGGGCUGCCUGCAGUCAACAGCUUCGGGGCUGCUGGCCACGGCCUGGAGAAAGGGAGCAAACUGUCCCUUCCUUGCCCCAGAGGUGAGGCUGGACCGAGCAGAGGGCUGGCCACACCACCUGAGCAUGUGUGAGGGGCUGGAGCUACCGUGGGACUAUAUACACGUUAAUGAUUUUAAUAUAUACGGCUUAUGACAUAUUCUAUAUGAGAUUCCCCUUGACCCUUCCCGCCACCACAUACGUUUUUUAAUCCCAUGAGCAGGCCAGUCACGGCUGCUCUGAACCUGAGGGCAGCCGUUUUCCUGUCCCUGUGGAACAGCCCUCCUGCCGCCAGGACUCGCUUGAGCCGCCAGGGCAGAGGGAGACAAUCAGAGCUUGAGGCCGCACUGGACACUGGCUUUCCCGAGCUGCCAGCCUCAGGCAGCAGGUGGCCGCAGUCCCUCUGGGCCUGGCGUGGCCCAGGGAGGACCUGAACUUCGACCGCGCCGCUCGGUAGCCUUGCACUUGGCGUUCUAAGCAGAGGUGACCUCUGGUGGGCACCUCAGGGGAAAAUCUGGUUUUAGUUUACUUGCUGCCCGGGCUCCUUCCUGCUCAGUAGGCUGAGAAGACACCCUGGUGGUGGGGGUGCUGGUGACCUCAGCCAGGCAGAGGAUGGCCAGGCCUGAGCUCUUUUGUACCCCAGGAUCAGGCCAGGAGGGGAGGCUGUAGCAGGACUACUGUGGGGUACACCCCUACUGCCCCCUCUCCGUGACUGGGCAAUGAUGCAGCAGACAAGGCGCCUCUGCCCUGUGCUUGGCCGCCCUUGGCCAGCCAGGAGCACUGGGAAACCUCCCCCUUCCCUCUCCCCACAUGGUGCUGAGGCCCCCUGCUGAAAUGCAAUUAAAGCAAUUGAUUUUCUAGUGCUGGUAUUUAUUGACUUACCGUGCAGAAGGGCUAUCUUUCUAUUCACAUCAAACUUUUGGUUGCGUGUAUUUUCUUUUUUAUUUUAUUUUAGAGUUCUGAUUUGUGGGAACAGACCUUGUUGUAAAUAACCACUAUUCAAGUUGUGCAGGAGGAUGGUAAAGCAAGAACCUCCCCCCACCCCCACAGAGCCCUGGAGCCAGGGAGGUGGCCAUGGCCAGCUCAGCUCUUAACUAACCCAGGAGAGACCACCCAGAGGCGUAAGCUAGCCUGAAGGGAGCCCAGCCCAGAGGCUUUGGAGUGGGAGGCAGAGCUGGCUGGCUCAGCUAGUGGCACGAUGACGCAUGAAGGAGAUUAUAUUGUGCUCUUUAUUGCCAAAAAUAAAAACUUUUAAAAAGGACAACUAUUGUUAAUCAAUAAAUAUCCUUUCCUUUC